UGCCUUCCCACAGGAGGGAUGCCGGGGAGGAUGCAGAGUGCUGAUGCCCCACUCCUAGCAGCCUAGUGCCAGCUCCGAUCAGUCUGCUCUCUUACCGACAGCGGAAACUUAGGUGGGGAAAGCUAUUGUGCUGCUUCGUGCUCUCUGUGUAUAUGUGUGUGUGGCUCAGGGCACAGGGCUGCUGCCUGUAAUACAGAGCAGCUGGCAGAGGCAGAGCCCCAGCUCGCACCGCACAUACCUUUUGUGUUGCCGCUUUAGUCUAUGAGCAGGGGAGAGAGGGGUCCCUUGUGUACAGUGUUACCGACCAAGCUGAGCUGAAGGACACCCACAUCCUGCAGGUGCCCCUAUUGGAUUCUACUGGACAAGUGGACGUGACCGGCGUGGGAUGUAGUGUUUUGUGCUUCUUGCCAGCCGGGAUACAAAGACUAAUGAAGAUGGUUGCUUACUCAAAGACUAUAUAAGAAAGAAAAAAAAUAAUCACAAUAAGCUGAUCAAAUAUUUCAAAAACAAUAAAAAAGGACACAAACAAAUGUGCAGACCCGCUCUCUGAAUUCAACAGCAAGAAAAGCCCACACAAACAACAUCUGCAUAAAAGACUUAGAAUAUCGCAACAGUAAAUAAGUCUAGAACGCGGGAGCAGUGACUUGGAAGGACAAGAAAAAGACAAAACAAAUCCAACAGAAUCUUUGUAAAAGUUCCUUGGGGCCAAAAUGAAGUCAAGCGAGAGCCGUCGUGAGGCGAUGACAGCACCCCAAACAACAAUUGUCGCACCUGCAUUACGAGAAAAUGCCACAGAAGCAGGGGCUCCAAGCGAUGGAGUAGAUAAUCAUUUUUCAAAGCUCAAAGAGAAGUUCAUGAACGAGCUAAAUAAGAUUCCAUUGCCACCUUGGGCCUUAAUUGCAAUAGCCAUAGUUGCUGUCCUGUUGAUACUUACCUGCUGUUUCUGUGUCUGCAAGAAAUGUUUAUUCAAAAAGAAGAACAAGAAGAAGGGAAAGGAAAAGGGUGGGAAGAAUGCUAUUAACAUGAAAGAUGUUAAAGAUUUAGGCAACACCAUGAAAGAUCAGGCCUUAAAGGAUGAUGAUGAUGAUGACGAUGCAGAGACUGGCUUAACUGAUGGAGAAGACAAGGAGCAACCUAAAGAAGAAGAGAAGCUUGGGAAACUUCAGUACUCAUUGGACUAUGAUUUCCAAAAUAAUCAGCUGAUGGUAGGGAUUAUUCAAGCCGCUGAGCUUCCCGCUUUAGAUAUGGGAGGUACAUCUGAUCCUUAUGUGAAGCUAUUUUUGCUGCCUGAUAAAAAGAAGAAAUUUGAAACGAAGGUCCACAGAAAAACACUUAACCCUGUAUUCAACGAGCAGUUCACUUUUAAGGUACCCUACUCGGAAUUAGGUGGGAAGACACUGGUGAUGACGGUUUAUGAUUUUGACCGCUUCUCUAAACAUGACAUCAUUGGGGAGGUCAAGGUUUUUAUGAACAAAAUAGAUUUUGGUCAUGUGACAGAAGAAUGGCGUGAUCUACUUAGCGCUGAAAAAGAAGAGCAAGAGAAACUUGGUGACAUCUGUUUCUCCCUCCGCUAUGUACCCACGGCUGGCAAGCUAACAGUUGUUAUUCUCGAAGCAAAGAACCUCAAGAAGAUGGAUGUUGGUGGUUUAUCAGACCCCUACGUGAAAAUUCAUCUGAUGCAAAAUGGCAAGAGACUGAAGAAAAAGAAGACGACUAUUAAGAAGAAUACACUUAAUCCUUACUACAAUGAGUCUUUCAGCUUUGAAGUACCAUUUGAGCAAAUUCAGAAAGUGCAAGUUGUUGUUACUGUUUUGGACUAUGACAAGAUUGGAAAAAAUGACGCUAUUGGGAAGGUGUUUGUGGGCUACAACUGCACUGGUGCGGAGCUCCGGCACUGGUCAGACAUGCUGGCCAACCCACGACGACCCAUUGCACAGUGGCACACUUUAACACCUGAGGAAGAAGUAGAUGCAAUGCUUGGAGUUAAAAAAUAAAAACAACCCUAUCUGCAGUUGCCCACAUAGUGCUCUUUAGCCAGUAUAUGUAAAUACCUCAGUAGUAUGGGUCCUUUCAUGUUUUCCAUGCAUUCCUAAGCCAGGGCAUUCCUACUUAUCCAUUUUAUUUGCACAAAUUUAAAUGUCCUUACUUCCCUCUAAAAGAAAACAUAUUGUGAGCCACACAACUGCCCUCUUACUCUUCUUUUAAGCAAUAUGAUGUGUAGAUAGAGCAUGAAUCGAUUUGUUAUUAUCACACUCUUGUAUAUAACAGUAUGCCAACAUUUAUUUCUAGUCCCUGUAUUUGUAUGUUGUAAGCGUUUCUUAUUAUGUGUAUAUUUUGAUGUUUUUAAUAAGAUGUUCUAUUUUAAAAAUGUAAAUUGACUAAAUAUAGAAGAGCUGAUAAUAUAAUACAGGUUAACUAUUGUAUCGUCCGCAUUCCAGGAGAAAUUCCAACUUAUAAGGCACUAGUAGAGUUGCACUGACAUCUUAAAGGACAACUUAAAUCUGAGCUCGAACAGGUACAUUUAAUUAAUAGAUAGGUAUACAUUCCACAUCUUAUGUGAGCAAAUCAGUUCAAGUGGGUAAAUUUCAGUCAGAAGCAACAGGUACAAUCAGAGGAGAUAUGUGAUUGUCCCUCAGAGAUCUGGCCACUAGAUGCCAAACUAUUGGCUUGUAUAUACUUUUGUGUUAAAAUUAAUCAAGGCUAAAAUUGUGUCAGGUUGCAAUCUGAGUAAUAGGGUUAUGACAGCUAAUGAAUAUAUAUAUAUAUAUAUAUAUAUAUAUAUAUAUAUAUAUAUAUAUACAUUUUUAAUAUCCCAUGAGAUUUGCUUCUACACAAAGCAACUACCAAUCAGCAGACACUAAUUUUUGUAAAUCUUGGCUUUAGCUAUAAUGUACAUCUUGUGGUUUAUAUGUGUUGUGUCACAUGACGUAUUUCAUAUAUAUGUGUAUGUUGUACUCGAAUAUCUGGUUACUCUGAAAGAUUAUGAGGCAUACUGAACAUUGCUGAAUAGCAUUGUGCUAAGAGUACACUGUCACCUAUGUUUUCAUAGUUAACAAACAGUAUUGUGACCCAAUAUAUAUAUAUAAAGACUAAACUAAUUUAGCCAUAAUUCUGAAUGCACUUCAAGUAAGCCAAAACAGCUAGUGACCUUUUUUAUAUAUAUAUAAAUAUAUACUAUUUGUAUAAUGAGUUUUAAUUUGUCCUUUAAAAGUGGUAUAAAACAAAGAACAAGUGCUAGCAAACUGGAGCACCCUCUUGUGUAUACUAGAUGCUCAUUUUCAGGAGGCGUUUUUAAAUGUUUUCAAUGUUAUUAUGUAGUAAAUGGCACUAUUAUGAAGCUAUUAGUCAUUCCAUAAGAGUCUUAAAUGACUGCUCUGUGUAUCACUGUGACUGCCGUGUGUGCUUAGAUGAAACGUAGUUUUCUCAGUGAAUAGCAAUCAAUUAAUUCUAUAGUGAUAUUGUACCGAUACUGCCAUCUCUUUCUACUGCACUGCCGCAGGAGAGCAUAGCACAAAGAGGUUACUACGGACCAAUUUUAAACUGGGAGCUAUGCUGGAUUUGGGUUAUACAAUAGGUAGAUCACACAGCAAUGCAUUGAGCACUGUGCAAUAUAGUCCAUAAAUGAUCUAUAGAUAUAGAUAUAUAAAUAAACAUUGUAGACUAUCCUAUAAGCAUAUCAUUUGGUGAAAAAACUUAGUGCAACAAUAUAAAAAUGUAUUUAACUUUCAAUGCACAAAACGUGGAUAUGAUAUAUCUCUUUUCUUAAAAAAAAAAAAAUGUUAUUAAUGAUGGGAUGAUGUACAAAAAAAACAGAUCAUUGUACCCUUAAGAUACCUAUGGGUAGUUUAAACAAACUGGAAGGACGAGGGGUGUCUGGAAAAAAAAAGGACACAGGUUUUUUUGUAAUUUUUUUUUGUAAACGUCAUAUAUUAUUGUCCAGUACAAGCUGACAGAAGAUCCUGUAUCUAUCUAGUCAGAAAUCUUCUCACUACAAGUAGUAGCAGAUGCACUGUUACACUGUUACAUUGGUUGGAAAAAGGCACAAGGAAAAAGUAGAAAGAUGUUAAGACCUGUUUGCUGCAAAAUCUGAUAAAGUAAGGUAAUAAAUAUUUAAAACAAUGAAGUUGACCAAAAUUCAUCAUACUUUUUUAGAUUUUUUGCCCCAAUCGCGUCAAUGUCUGAUAUGCUCAUAAUGCAGGUUCAUACUGCCCAAGGUGCAUUAACAAAUAUUGAUGAAUUUUAGUGUACUGCCUAAACUUAAUGUAAGACAGUAAUUUAGAUGACAAAUACCCCUUUCAUACCAAGAUUCCAAGUCCUGAUAUACUCGUGUUCCAUUUCUUCAUAUCCCUUUCACACUGCACCUUAGACCUGGGUAGACCACUUUCACACUGAACCCGUGUCUGCCAUGCUCUCUGGUCUACAGCAUUAUGAUGACACCAUCUGCAAGCACCCCUGACCAGCCAACCAGUGUAUUUUAGCGUGACCCCGGUCAAAUAACCCGCGUUGCGCCAUUAACUCAGGACCUGUUUUUUGGUUAGAUCAACACAGAGGACUCGUGGACACUCGCUCAGGUUAGAGGAGAGGAGAUUCAGCGCAAUACGGCGCAAAGGCUUUUUCACGGUAAGGACAAUACGUGUUUGGAAUUCCCUGCCUGAGGGAGUUGUUAUGGCGGACUCAGUCAACACCUUUAAGAAUGGGUUAGAUAAAUUCCGAAUAAAUAAGGAUAUCCAGGCUUAUGGUGCAUAGUCACGCACUAUAGUUACUACAAAAAGGGAUAAAAUGCAAUGGCUGACAUCAGCAUCAGUCAAAAAUUUAGACCAAAAUAAUCCUGCAUAGGAAACCACAAAUAGGUUGAACUCGAUGGACAAUUGUCUUUUUUUCAACCUUAGAUGUUACUAUGUUAAGCCUACCCAGGUCGCAUACAAGAUUAACACUGGCCAUGAUCCGGGCAACAGACCCGGAAUGCACAACACGGGUCAAGCCUUUCACGCUGAGCCAGGACCUGGGCUGCACCGGUUUGCCCCGGCAAUAACCGGAGUAAACUGCUCAGUGCGAAAGGGGUAUUAUUGAACCUGCUAUUUGAUCAAAUUAUGGUUUAACCCAUAAAAAAGCCACAUCUACCUUUUGGACAAAGCUGUGUAAAGUCUUAGAAUCUGAUGCUGUAGAAAUCCUAGUUGCCUUUGUCUAUACUUACUGCCUGCUUGAGUGUUUCUAUGUGUGAGUUUCUCUACUGUAUCUUGUAAUAAUGUUCGGGUGUUUUCUCUUGCCAUAUUGCUCGUGACCCGCGGGCUAACAAAGUUUGCUGUGUAUACCUUCAUUUUUGAUGAAGUGGUUCCAAUUUAGUUUCACUUUGUGUAGUGAUUCCCACAGUACAGUUUUCAGAUCGUUGUUAAAAACCUUGACAUAUUCAGCAGAUAUUCAAUAAAAAUAUUUUAUUUCCUGUU